AUGCACAAGUCAUUCUCUACAGGAAUCAAAAUCUCAGUUGGUGUUGUGUCCCCAUAUAAUGCUCAAGUUAGAGCAAUCUCUGAAAAGCUUGGGAAAUCCUAUGAUAGGUAUGACGGUUUCUCUGUGAAAGUGAAAUCUGUGGAUGGUUUCCAAGGCGCGGAGGAAGAUAUUAUUAUCAUAUCAACAGUGAGGAGCAAUAAAGCUGGUUCUGUUGGAUUUCUCACAAACAUGCAGAGGACCAAUGUGGCUCUCACAAGAGCUAAGCACUGUUUAUGGAUAGUAGGAAACGGGACGACUUUAUCCAACAGCAAGUCUGUUUGGCAGAAUAUAGUCAAAGAUGCGCAAGACCGAGAUUGCUAUUUUGAUGCCGAUGAAGAUAAAGAUCUAUCAAAUGCAGUAAUCAAGGCCGUCAUCGAGCUCGACGAUGCUGAUAAUCUAGUGAAAAUGGACUCGCUGCACAUAAGCAAGCCAAGGUUUCAGAAAUCAAGGUCCAAAUACCGUUCAUGAGAUGUCAGGAGCCCUGAAAUAGUACGAGUUCUGUGUCGGCGUGAUGUUUGUGUCACCUGGGCUUUGCUGAAGAAACUUCCACCUGCGUUAGUAUGGCCCGGCUGCUGUCGUGAGAUGCCCUGUAUUUUGUUGAACUUAAGCUUGAUGCAC